UGUUGGAAGGUACGAUUGUUCUGCUCAGGAAAUAGCUGCCUCAUGGACAAUUUCCAACGCCAACAAUCUGUGUGGAAUGUAGUGAAGGAAAAUGUUCCCUGCACUGAGCUUCCUGAGAUCCGAGCUGUACUUGGAGAAGCACUGAUUGAUUCGUACACAGAGUUAUAUUCAGAGGUGGAGAUGUGGGAGAAGAUUUGGCAGGAGCUCCGUUGCUCAGAGAAGGGCAACAGGCCAGAAGCCCCCAUGUUCCCUCUGGCUGACCCCCCAGCUGUUAAAGAGUUGCUAAAAGCAGAGAUUCAGUUGUUGCUGCUCACACUGAGAGAGAAAGCAGCCAGGCAGGGCAGGGAUGAAGAGGAGGUCAUGGCCCAGUACAAUCCUAGUGUGGUGAGUUACGCACUGGGCAGCAGUAGCACACAGAGACAGGAGAGUCCAGGCAGCUGGUGUGAAAUUAAAUCACCCUCCAGACCCCCAUCAAGUCUGAGUGAGAUUGGCAGCAGAUCUGCCUCCAGCCUCUCGUCUCACUCCAGCUGUGAAGAAGAAAUCAAGGCCUUAAGACACAAGUUAAACAUCACCCAUAUAGAUGAGGUUGUGACCCAUCUCAGGUCAGUCAUAACCGAAGAAUCUGAAGCACUGAAAAGAGACGUGCAGGUCCUGCAGGAAAACCUUGAGACUGGGAAAGCCAGAGCUCAGCCAGAACCUUUAUCUCCUGAACCCACCAUAGCAGAGCUCAAAGAGGAACGGAGACUCAUUCAGAGGAAUCUGAAUGAGCAGAGUUUAAUAAGCUGCUGCCACAACACAAAUAAUCAGAGCGCCAGAAACCAACAAAUCCAUGCAAGGGAGACACGCAAACUUGCUCUCUCUGCAAAUGACUCGGAAGGACCGAAACCAUCAAACUCAACAGUCCCCCAUUUUAAACCAUGUCCGCCUAGAGACCCAAACCACAUCAGGAGCGAUCUGCCACUAAUGAGCUACUCAAUUGCUGAAUCCACGAUCCCUAUUUCUGCUUUGGAACAUGGGAACAAAGAGUGCAAGUACAGAGGAAAUUCACUAAGAGCUUCAGCCUUCAGACUGGUUCCAGCGGCCUCUGUCAAAGCAUCCGGAUCUGUAAAAGACUUCUUCCUAAAGAUGGAAGUGACUCAAAAUAGUGACCUAGACUGUCUCCAGCCCGCUCCUCCUGCAGUGCAGAUAACAGCCAGCAGGGGGCAGAGGGGGAGCAGACACCUGUGUCUUCCUCAGCCUGACAGCUUGCUCAGUUCUCUGUGAGAAUCGCUGCAUGCUGCUCUACACACUGUCAGUUAGUUGAAGCUCAUAGGGGGGGGAAAGCCAUAAAACACAAACCACAAGCUGAUCUUUAAAAUAAACUUUAUUUACCAUUUCAAAUUGAACAGUUUACAGCUGACAUGACUAAGACAAUUUCAAUGCUGUUUGGCCCUAAAAUUGAAAAGACAUGGUUAGAUAUGUUUGAAGCUCAUGUCAUUGUGCUUGUCAUUCUACUUCACUACUAUAUUGCCAUGAGCACAGAAGAACACACACACUAUUGUAAAGACAUUGCUUUUAGGAUGCAGGACAGGGAGAGAAAGGUUUUGUUUUUUUGCAAUUUUGUAUUUUCUGUUGCUUUCAAACACAUAUUUUUAAAGUGCCGUAACAACAUGAAAAUACAUGACACGGUUUUGAAUAAACAUUUCAUUAACCAAAAAAGUACACAGUUUCAGUUAUGCCGAUUCUUUUUAUAGUUCUUAAUACAGCCACAAAACUGUGCUUAAUGGAUAUUUCCAUCUUGGACCAAGAGGUAUUUGAUGAAUUCUAGUAUUUCUGUUUUGCUUGUUUUAAACACAGCCCUUUCAUGUCAUUUCAAAGUGUAUGCCGUCACAAUUAAAUUUACACUAAGAAACUGUGAAGUAUAGUUUGAGAGCCCGUUCAAAUUAGAAGAAAAGUCCGCUUAAAAAGUGUUCGGUUCUUCUCAGAAACAUUAUCUUAAUAUACCCAAAUAAAAUUCAGACAAUAUUAAUUCAGUUUUGAUAAUUUCAAAUGCAUUUCGAAAAUAUUCAAAGAUCGGCAUAAGUGUUAAAACAUUCUUUCCAGGCAAUCAAAUGUGCUUUCUCUGUUUCAUUUUACAUUGUGCAUAAUAAAUGAAACUGGAUCACGGGCAGACAGAAAUGUUCUUAAAGGGUUUGCAGCAUUACAAAUACACGUGUACAAUACUGAGAUGAAGAUAUAACAUUGCUGGCUUUAGACUGUGUCCUUCUUCAUCAAUAAACGGUUUCUGUUUGACCAGACACUGCUGUAAAAAGCAUUCCUGAAUUUUUCAAGUUUCAGUCCAAAGCCUUAGUUUGGCAAUGUGUUUGAGAUCAGCUGGCUUGAAGAGGUUUAGGAGGAAAAAAAAGAAAUAAAAUGUAGUGUCAUUGAACAAAGCUAAAAAUGAUUACAACUGAUGAUAAAAUACAGUUUUAGUACUAUAAAAAUAAAAAGGAAAAAUCUCUUACAAAGGUAGAUUCUGUUUGUUAAAUGGCAAAAAGCGGAUAAUUACAUACUGAUUAAAAUUACAUGACAUCAACAGUGACACUAACAUGAACUAGGUUUGACUCAGCAGUUGAACGUCCACUACACAGAACACUCUGUACACAUAACAGUAGCUACGUUACCAUAAGAAAUAAUGUAAAAACAACUAAAAAUAAACCCCACUACAGCAACCCACCCUGAUAAAAACAGAAAACACAAACAUAGACAUCAGUUUUUUUUGUUUGUUUGUUUUUUUUUUUUUUACAUUACUGUACAAUGGAGAAAGAGGACAAGAGGUGGGGAACAGUGCAAGAAUGGCACUGAUGCAUAACGUGUCUAUUGUUAUAAAGAGUUUGCAUGUCAAGCUCAAUAUCCAGAUCUGUUCACAUCGCAGUACCUAGAGACAGACACAUGGUCUUCAUGCCACGUUCAAGGUCUGAGGACCACACAUCAGAAAAAUGAGAGGGCUUCAAUCUUGUGCAUUCAUAUUUCUGACAGCGAUUAUUAAUCAUACUGUAGCUACCGCGCACGUAGCCACCUAAAGUGAACCAGUAAAUAAAAGUGCUGUUAGCCUCCCGACACCUAAACUGCUGCUCUAAUCUAUGGCACUAACUGUCUAACAGAGGAAAAGCUAGAGUGCGUGACCUGUAGGUAUGGUUGUGCUAAGACCAAUGAACCUCUAACUACUCCCCUGAGUGUCCGAUACCUCCUGUUAGGCAGCAGGGUUACUUUUAUUCUUCUCUCUUUUUUCCCUACUUCUUAAAGUUAGAUUGUGUUUUGUAUAUUUUUGGAUAAAAUCUUAAAAAUAUAUAUAUCAUACCUUCAUGCAGAAAUUAAUGAAAUGUACAUAUCACAAAGAUGUAGACUAUUAUGCCAUCAGGUUUUUGAGUACUGACUUUAUCUGUGACCUGCUCCAUCAUUUUGAGUCAGAGUUUAGAGUCUAGAGUUUUAUGCACUGAAAGAAAAGUCUCAAACAUAUAUAAGAAAGCUUUCAAAAAUAUAAGAAAAAUUGUUUAUGAUCCUUUGCUGAAAUAUAAUUAAAUGGCGCUGCCACAAAAACUUGAGAAAAUGACAUCUAAAUUCCAAACAAUUUGCAUAUAUUUUUUGAUAGAAUCUGGUGAUUUAUUCAAGCAUACUUUUAUAUUUACGAUUUUAUAUUUACGAAGUUUUUUUCCCCUCGAGCAAUUGACACUGAAUGACUUUUCUGAGGUAAAUGUAACGUCAGGUGACGUUCACAAGCAGUUUUAUUCACAUCUUUUCGCGACUGAAACACGAUUACAUGAGAGACGACACAUUCAGUAAGUUGUACUGCAUCUUUCAACAUACCUUCUGAUUCAUUUAUUUUUUCGUGCUAUAACCAGUAGUAAAGAAAAAAAGAUGAUCGGUUCACGCUUGCUUCACGCUGAUUUUAAACUGAGGCAGCUGUAGCAAACAGUGACAUGUUAAAAUGAAGCUAAUUUGAAAGCUGAGACUUUGUAUUAUCAAAAUUAAUGCAACAAAGCAAUAUUUUUUUCCGCUUAUAAUCGCAUUUCUUCACCUCUUUCCGACUCAGAAUGACAGAGCACAUCUCAUAUGGCAUUUCUCCUCGCACCACACAGGAGAGAAAUACCAGAUAAACUACUUUGACAUGACUAUAUACAGCGAUUCACUGUUUAAUCACAAGUCUCAAUACAUGACGCGUCAGCACAUUAGCAGCUGCAUUGUCAGACUCCCUGUUAAAAGGAGUCAGGCAACAUCCCAGACAAAUUCACAGUGUAACCAGGACUCUUUAUCCAUGUACAUGUGCCACUAUAACCGUAUGCAUCGUAAGUAAAGGGCCUUGUUGAAAUGUCACUGGAAUGAAAUGACACGCGGCAUCUAACAUACCAAAAAUAUGAACAUAACUCUCCAUACCAGUAUCUUCCCCUCUCUAUUGCCUUCAAAACCAAAACGAAACAAAAUGCACCAUAUUAACAUAAAAUUCUGUGGUUUCUAUUGCGUAAAUGGGAUGGUUUGGCCUUUUAUUUGUCUUGCAAGUCUAUUUCACAUUAUUUUACAAUACGAGGAAAACAUUCCAUUAACCACAGUGAUUUUGACUAAUGCUACGUUUACUUCUGGUCAUUCCACAUGCAACCUUACCCCUUAUUUCAGUGUUCGAUGACACGACCGUUCAGCUCAGCACAGCCAGAUGCCUUUAAAUGACACAUACACACCAGUUCAAGUCUCUUAACACAGACAACAAAAAAUACACACAAACACAAACAUACCAACUAAAUCAGAACACAAAGGUUUGUGCACAUGUUUUUGGUAACAUGCCUCUUUUUCCGUGUAGAG